AUGUACACUCCUGUUGCCCUUCUCGCGGUCUCAGCUGGCCUGGCCUCAGCAGCAACAUCCUACAAGGCCUCUUUCACCCAGUACGGUUCAACCGACACCUGGGGCUCUGGCAACUGCAACGUUGCUACCACCGCAUGCGGUUUCUACACCUCUCCCGGCUACUCAGCAGCAGUCUCUCAAAACGAAUUCGGCGUCGGCGACGGCGCAGGCGCCGGCCCAGCCUGCGGAACCUGCUGGAAACUGACAGCGUCCACCGACUCCAGCGGCAACAAGAAGUCCUUCGGCGGCCCCAUCGUCGUUCAAGUCACAAACCUUUGCCCUGCAGACUCCAACCCUCUGUGCGCACAGAACGGACUCAGUGGCACCAACCAAUACGGUGCCAACCUCAACUUUGACCUGUGCAUUGACUCUGGAGCUAGUGCUGCACUGUUUGGAAGUACUGGUGUUGGAUUGGCUGUUGGUACUGCUGAGCAGGUGAGCUGCAGUGAGUGGAGUGGUAAGGUUGUUCAUUAG